AUGUCUGUGUACAAAACUGGAUGGGCUACUAAGCAAGGAGGUAUGAUUAAAACCUGGAAGAAGAGAUACUUCGUACUUACAGAUGACUGGCUUGUCUACUAUGACAAACCUGAUGGAAAUGAGCAUGGUAGGAUUCCGCUUGAUCCAACAGUUGUAGUUUCACCAGCUCCAGAUUGCAAGAAGCAGCCAGCUUAUAAAAUUGUUACAUCAGGUCGUACAUAUUAUGUCGUACCAGAAACACAAGCCGAAGUUAAUGAAUGGGUAGCCGUUUUAACCGCCGCAAUUAAUAAUUCUAAGAAUAAGAGAAUCCCGAAGGCCGGUGUUCCAGUACAAACUUCGAAUUCAACAACUCCAGCAAAGAAAGUAUCAAUGGAUGACUUUACAAUUUUGGGUGUUCUUGGCCGCGGUACUUACGGUAAAGUCCAACUUGUCAAAGAAAAAGAAACAGGCAAGCUUUUCGCUCUUAAGACUAUGAGUAAGCGUCUUCUUGCUGAAUCAGAUCAAGUCGAACAGACAAUUACUGAAAGAAACGUUCUUUUGACAACCAAGCAUCCAUUCUUGGUUUGCGCUCACUACACAUUCCAAACAGAUGCCAAAAUUUUCAUGGUUUUGGACUAUGUUCCAGGUGGUGAAUUAUUUGGUCGUCUUAAGGAAGAAUCCCUCUUUGCAGAGAGCCGUGUCCGCUUAUACGCUGCCGAAAUCUGCCUUGGUCUUGGCUAUCUUCACAAACUUGGCUUCAUUUAUCGCGAUCUCAAGCCAGAAAACAUCCUCGUUGACCAGGAUGGUCACUUGAAGAUCACAGACUUCGGUCUUGCUAAGAAUACAGAUAUGGGUACUACAAGUACAUUCUGUGGUACUCCAGAAUAUAUUGCACCCGAAAUGCUUCAACGUCUUCCAUAUACAAAAGCUGUCGACUGGUGGUCAUACGGCAUUAUUAUUUACGAAAUGCUUACAGGCCUCCCACCUUUCUACGAUGAAAAUACAAAUCAAAUGUAUCGUUCUAUCCUUCGCGACGACGUUAAGUACCCAAGCCACGUCAGCCAUGACGCAAGGAGCUUGAUCAACCAGCUCCUUAACCGUAAUCCAGAAGCUCGUCUCGGUUCUGGACCUUCAGAUUACGAAGAGAUCAAGGCUCAUCCAUUCUUCGCAUCCAUCAACUGGGAGAACGUCUUCAAUAAGAAGACAAAACCAGAAUGGAAGCCAAAGAUCAAGAACGCAACAGAUACUUCUUUAUUCGACGAGGAAUUCACUCACGAAACUGGUGGCGUUUCCUUCGAAGAUGGUUCGCUUAUCGGAGCAGAUACUCAGGAACAAUUCAACGGCUUUACAUGUACUCAGGAUUCAACACUCGAUAAACUUUAA